CAGCUAUCACUUCCGGUUCCGAUUAGAAUCCUCUCUGCGUGAGGCAAGAAUGGCAGAAGGAGACAGGAAGGAUAGAGAUCUUUAAAUAAAGCAGGGUGGUUCAUGACAGAUGCUGUUGGAGGCACAUAACAACAACAACGUUUUCAGAGAGCCGUGACAAAAAGAGUAACUCAGGGGCCACCAUGGACCAGUAUAGCAUCCUGGGCCGCAUUGGAGAAGGGGCCCAUGGUAUCGUCUUCAAAGCCAAGAACAUAGAAACUGGCGAGACGGUUGCCCUCAAGAAAGUAGCCCUCCGCAAAUUAGAAGAUGGGAUCCCCAACCAAGCACUUCGAGAGAUCAAAGCCCUGCAGGAGAUUGAGGAAAAUCAACAUGUGGUGAAGCUGAAGGACGUCUUCCCCCAUGGCACGGGUUUUGUGCUGGUGUUUGAAUACAUGCUGUCCGACUUGUCGGAGGUUAUCCGCAACUCCGAGCAGCCGCUCACUGAGGCCCAAGUGAAAGGCUACAUGCUUAUGUUGCUCAAGGGGGUGGCUUUCUGCCAUGCCAACUCCAUCAUGCACCGGGAUCUGAAACCAGCCAAUUUGCUGAUCAGCUCCACAGGUCAGCUGAAGAUUGCUGACUUUGGUCUGGCCAGGGUAUUCACCAGUGAUGGAGAGAGGCUGUAUAGCCACCAAGUGGCCACCAGGUGGUAUCGGGCUCCCGAACUCCUGUACGGUGCCCGGAAAUAUGACGAAGGUGUGGAUCUCUGGGCUGUGGGAUGCAUCUUUGCUGAGCUUCUCAACAACUCCCCGCUUUUCCCUGGAGAGAAUGAUAUUGAGCAGUUGUGCUGUGUCCUCCGAGUGCUUGGGACACCUAACCAGAAGAUCUGGCCGGAGAUCACAGAGUUGCCCGAUUACAAUAAGAUUUCCUUCAAAGAGAAGCUGCCAAUUCCUCUGGAGCAGGUGGUGCCUGAUGCCUCCCCACAAGCUGUGCAGCUCCUGAAGCAGUUUCUGCUCUAUCCUUCCAAGCAACGUGUGCAGGCACCACAGGCACUAUUGCACCCCUAUUUCUUCACGCCCCCAUUGCCUGCCCACCACUCGGAGCUGCCCAUCCCUCAGCGCGGGGGCAAAAAAGCCCGUCAUGGGCCCCAGCACCAGCAUGACUUCCACGUGGAGCAGCCGUUGGAGGAGUCUGUCGUGGACCUGGAGCUUGUGGCACCUUAUGCGAUUGACAUAUGAAGACAGAGGGGUCACUUUUGGCGCUACCUCUCAGGUCAGGAGGGCUAGUCUGCCCCUAAGGAGGGGAGAUCCAGUUUAUAGAGCUAGCACAUGGGGGUGGCAGAAGAGAAAAACUCAGGCAGGAGCCGCUGGCACUGUGGCGGUAGCAUAGACAAGAGAAGCGGCUCCUGUCCAAAAUCUCCUUUUAUGCUGCUCUUCAAGACAGGAGCCCUGUUCAAGGUGGAAGUUAACACAUCUGCAGGUAACACCUCCCAAUCAUGCUUUUUGCCCACUGACAGUGCAGUGAGAUGUGUUCUGGAGCGCACGCUCCUUAUUCCUAUGGAGCAAGGUUGGAAACUUGACGCUAAGGGCUGCUGGGCAGACUGACCUUGCCAGCCUCCUCCCCACCACCGCGGCGGCCGCCACCAUUUCAAGCCUUUUCUUCCAGUACUUUGGGGUGCUCUUAGCUCUCUGCUUCUGUGGUGAUGCUGUUUUACAGUGGCUCUGUAAUGUUUCGCAAUUAAACAGUUUGGUAAACAGUGAACCAAA